AUGGUUUUUAGUUAUUUUACGAUUAAAGACGAUCUUUUGGAGUUUAUUCCACUAAAAGGACAGACUACUGGGCAGGACUUGUUUUCUUCUUUUAAAAAUACUAACUCUUCUGACAAAAUUCCAAAUUUGAAAAUGGUAGGCUUGACAACCGAUGGCGCUCCAGCUAUGGUGGGUCCUUAUAAGGGUCUCGUGGGGUUAUGUCGUAAAGAUGAUAGUUUUCCGCAAUUUUCCUGUUACCGCUGCAUUAUCCAUCAACAAGCAUUAUGUGGACAUUUUCUAAACAACGUUAUGGAAAUGGUAGCAAAAGUUGUGAACAAGAUUAGAGCUCAAGAGUUACAAAGAAGAUUAUUCAAACCUUGGCCGAUGAAAUUGACUGCCAGUACGGGGAACUACUUCUUCACUCUGAAGUUCGAUGGUUAAGUAGGGGACGAGUGAUGAAACAUUUUAAAGACAUCAUAUCUGCCUUAGUUCAAUUUUUCAAACAACGUCAGGAACCAAUUCCGGAACUGGAAAAUUCAAUCUGGCUUAGAGAUUUUGGUUUUCUUGUGGAUAUUACAGAAAAAUUAGAUGAAAAUUUGCAGGUUCAGGGUAGAGACAAAGAACUAGCAGAAAUGAUUUCUGAUAUAAAAGCUGUUAUCAAAAAGCUUGAGUUUUGGUAACAAAACUUAACCGAUGGCGAUACCAGGCAUUUUCCUGUUCUUUUAGAAAAUAUAUCUCAAAGUCCAAUAGAACCAAAUGACAGUAAAUAUCAUGUAGAAAUAGUCUCUAACUUGAAGGAUAACUUCAGAAAUCGUUUCAAGGAUUUCAACGAAAUUGCUAUAGUGGCGCAAUUUGUUGUUUCACCCUUCAUGGAAAUUGAUAUCCAACAAUUCGCAACUUAUGUUAUGCAGAACUUUAGCGAAGACAUCGCUGCGACAGGAAUGGAAUUGAUUGCGUUUCAAAAUGAUUUAGAUUUGAAAUCAUUA